UUCACACACAGUGCAUUUCUGAACCACAAAACGUAAACCUAUAAAACUUAAGCCGCCUUUGGCUCCCCCAUCUCGAAAUGCCUUCUCCCGGGCUGCGAGAGUUCCAGGAAAACCUCACCGCGCGCCUCAGCCCUUGGCACCGCUCCUUCCAAUUCUGGAUCCGAGCCGCGGAAAUCUACACCGGCUACAAGGUCUCUCUGCGUGUGUGGUGUCUGUGUGUUUGUGUUUGCCAGUUUCGGGUGAGAUUCGAGAAGGAUGCGGAGAAGAGGGAAGCAAUGUGGGAGAGGCAGCACGAGCUCGCUGCGGAUAAGAUGUAUUCCCUCUGCUCCGAGCUGGGUGGGCUCUUUCUCAAGGCUGCUCAAAUUCUGGGAAAACCUGAUUUGGCCCCUGCAGCUUGGGUACGAAGACUAGUUACUUUAUGUGACAAGGCUCCUGCAACCCCAAUUGAAGUGGUCCAUGGUAUAUUGGAGAAGGAGUUGGGGCAGAGUUUUACUGCAAUUUUUGAAAGCUUUGAUUCUGAGCCUGUUGGAUCUGCUUCCAUUGCACAGGUUCAUCAGGCAAGACUGAGAUGUGAAAAGACUGACGUUGCUGUUAAAGUGCAACAUCCUGGAGUUCAACAGCUGAUGACGAUAGAUAUCCACAACUUGCAAGCAUUUGUCUUGUUUUUGCAAAAGACAGACCUCAAAUUUGAUCUAUUUUCUCUUACCAAAGAGGUCGAAAAGCAGGUCGGAUAUGAAUUUGAUUUUCUGCGAGAGGCCGAGGCCAUGGAAAGAAUCCGGCACUCAUUUCAUGCUAACAACAAAAAGGUUCCUGUUUUGGUGCCACGUGUAAUUCGUGGCAUGGUGACCAGGAAAGUCUUAAUAAUGGAGUUUAUAAAUGGAAUCCCAAUAAUGAAUCUUGGCAACGAAAUAGCAAAAAGGGGCAUAGAUCCUCGUGGUAAGAUUGCAGCGGUGGCAAAGCUGAAAAUUUUGAAACAUCUGACACUAGCAUAUGGUCAAAUGAUCUUGAGGGAUGGUUUCUUCCAUGCAGAUCCACAUCCAGGAAAUAUCCUGAUUUGCAAGGAGUCAGAGGUUGCUUUACUCGAUUAUGGGCAAGUGAAGCAACUUCCUGAUGACUUGAGGCUUGGAUAUGCACAUCUUAUUCUUGCACUUGCUGACAAAGACCCUUCAAGGGCUACACAGAGUUACAAGGAGCUCGGAAUAGAAACAUUGAGUACAUGUGCUGAUGGAGAAAAGGAACUGUUUGAAUUAGCUCUAAAAAUGUUUGAUACUAAACUUCCGCCAGGAGUAACUAUGAUAUCACCAUUUUCUGACAGUUCUUCCUUAAAUCAAGUUGCUGUCCAGAGUUUCCCCGAGGAGCUCUAUUCUGUUCUUCGAACAAUGCAGCUUUUAAGAGGACUUAGUGUAGGGAUGGGAAUCAACUACUCCUGCGCAGAACAAUGGAGACCCAUUGCAGAAGAAGCUCUCUUCAGGGCUGGAAAACUAAAAGUUGGGGACUUGAAAGCACAGAAAUGUGGCUUCUGGAGACGAAUAUUUAGAAGAAAGAGGGAAUAUGACUGAUGUACAAUUUAAAAUCCAAAAUAUUUGUAUAAGAAUGCUAUCGCAAUCUCCAAAUUGACUAUCUUCAGUCAGAGAGCAUUUACUACAGUGAUUCAUCAGUUGUAUAUACGACAUUAUAUUCAAGUCUGGGGUGGUUCAAUUAAAGUUCCUUUCUUAUAAUCUAAACCAAAUUAUUCUUGAUAGAUGUAAUCUAUUGCAGAGAAUUUUCUUUUUGUUUCUA